AUGGAUAAAAUAAUUACUUUAGAAGAAGUUAAGAAGCACCGGCGGAAAAACAGCGUGUGGAUAGUUAUCCACAAUGAUGUUUAUGAUGUAACAUCAUACCUAGAAGAGCACCCUGGUGGGGAAGAUGCUUUGUUAGAAGUAGCUGGUCAAGAUGGUACACAAGCCUUUGAAGAUGUUGGCCACAGUGAUGAUGCCAGGGAGAUACUAAAGAAGUUCAAGAUUGGAUCACUGCCAGUAGAACAGAAAUCAACAUUCCUUCACACAUGUUGCAAAGUGAAGCGUAAACAAAGCCGUUCCCAACACAGCUCAGAAUGUUCUAUGUGCUCAAGCGUCAGCUGUCCAAAUGUACCUCAUACGGAUAAAGAGGAAAAAACAUGGCGGACAUUCGACGGAUCUCCUUCAAGUGAUCGGCUUGACAGGAGAUACGAAAAGUCAAACGGGCCCACUCUUUCCACUAGUCCGUCCGUAGAAAGAAGGGUACAAUCUGUUGUCGUCCCACGCGAAAGACGUCCACGCGGCCCGCCAUGUGGAAGUUCCUCCCUGAAAUGGGCCGUAUUAGCGUUGGCUGGUGCAAUCGUAAUAGGCUUCGUCAUUAAGAAGGCGUUGGCUAAGUAA